AUGGACAUUGUGCUGGUCAUUGGGGGAGGUGAUGGCGGAGUCCUGCGGGAGGUAACAAAGCAUCCCCUCGUAGAGGAAGUCGUGCUUUGUGAACUGGAUGAGGUAAGGUGCCAGAAACAACAAUUUCUCUUUCGACAAGGAAGUAAAUUGUUCCCACUGUCUUCUGAAAAACAAUUUGUAUUUUUCGUGCGGACAUCUUUUAUCGUGCGGUAUCUAUCUAUCUAUCUAUCUAUCUAUCUAUCUAUCUAUCUAUCUAUCUCAGUCUGUUCAUAUCUAUCUAUCUAUCUCAGUCUGUUCAUAUCUAUCUAUCUAUCGCAGUCUGUUCAUAUCUAUCUAUCUAUCUAUCUAUCUAUCUAUCUAUCUAUCUAUCUAUCUAUCUCAGUCUGUUCAUAUCUAUCUAUCUAUCUAUCUAUCUAUCUAUCUAUCUAUCUAUCUAUCUAUCUAUCGCAGUCUAAAGUGAUUGAAGUGUCCAAAAGGUUCUUGCCUAAGAUGGCCAUGGGUUUUAGUCAUCCGAAAGUUAAAAUCUGUAUUGAAGAUGGCACCAAAUACAUGGAACAAACGGACAUCCAAUUCGAUGUAAUCAUCAACGACUGUACAGACCCUGUGGGGCCAGGACUUGGACUUUAUUCGAAGGAUUUCUAUGAAAAGAUGCACAAAGUACUGAAAGAAGACGGCAUUUUAUGUUCUCAAGGGGAAAGCCAGUGUAGCAUACGCCUACGCGCCUAUGCCAACUUAUUUAGGGGUCAGAUCGGAUUUAUACUGUGCAGCAAGAACAAGGAAGUCAAACUUGGAGAACCAAUUCGCUACUUGAGUGAAGGAGAACUCGAUGCCUAUGACCUGAGUUAUUAUAACUCGGAAAUACAUAAAUCAGCCUUUUGCCUUCCGCAGUUCUCAAAAAGGAGACUCGGCUUGUAA